GUGAAGGCUGCACACACACCCUCCUUCCUAACCUUGCCAUGCCGUGCCUAAUCCCCAUCUAUUCCCAUUUCCCUACCGGCCGACGUGCCAGAAAGGCUGCGGAUGCCAGUUUUACAAGCUUUGUGACAAUGUUCUUGCACUGAGAGGUCGAGCCAUAUAAUCGUAGGAACAGCCCAUCCAUGGCCCACUCCACCCCUCACUAAGUGGACGUUCUGGAAUCAAGUGGACCAGAGACAUUUUAGAUGACACCUGCCAUGGAGAACAACCAUUCCAAGCCUGUCACCCCAGUACCCAGUCCCGCGCACAGUCCUGCACCCAGUCCUGCACCGAGUCCAGUGCCCAGUCCGCUGCUGGACCGGAUACCUUUGCCAGCAGGGAACCAUGUUGAGCACUUGAACGUCAACCAGAUCCAGGUGGUGGUACGUCGCUGUUCCAGUCCAAAUGUCACAGAGGAAACAACCUAUUUUCUUCCCCGCAACCCCGUGGUGGACGCCGGCACCAACACAGAACCGCCACUUGUCUGCUGCCCCUUGCUUCACAGGUUUUGCCCGUGUCCUCCGAGAGGCCUUGUGGCCUCUGUCUUUACGAAAGUCCUUUUGGCCGCUGUGCUCUUUGGAGUGGUGUGGUCCGUCACAGAGGACGAGUGUCUUCCCGGAGGUAACCUGUUUGGCAUUACGGUGCUUUUCAUCUGUGCAGUCAUCGGUGGCAAACUGGUGUCUCUCAUCCACUUGCCCAGGCUUCCACCAUUGCCUCCCCUUCUUGGUAUGCUGCUGAUGGGCUUCAUGCUGAGAAAUAUCCCCGUAAUAACAGACGGCGUGUACAUUAACUUCAGGUGGUCGGCCUCCCUCAGGAACAUCGCCCUGGCGGUCAUCCUGGCCAGAGCUGGUCUGGGUUUGGAUCCCUCGGCUUUGAAGAAACUCAAGUCAGUGUGUCUGCGUGUGGCCAUGGGGCCCUGCAUCAUCGAGGCCUGCACCAUAGCUCUGGUCUCUCACUUCCUGAUGGGUUUGCCCUGGGUGUGGGGCUUCAUCCUCGGCUUCGUUCUCGGUGCCGUGUCUCCAGCAGUGGUGGUCCCCUCCAUGCUGCUGCUGCAGAAGGACGGUUACGGCGUGGAGCAAGGCAUCCCCACUCUGCUCAUGGCAGCAGGCAGCUUCGAUGACAUUCUCGCCAUCACUGGGUUCACCACAUGCUUGGGCAUGGCCUUUGCCUCAGGGUCCACUUGGUACAACCUCUUGAGGGGCGUGCUGGAGGUGGCCGGUGGUCUCCUUGCUGGAAUCCUGCUCGGCUUCCUCAUUCAGUACUUUCCCAGCCACGACCAGAAACACUUAGUGAUGAAGCGAUCCUUCUUGGUGCUCGGCCUGUCCGUCUUUGCUGUGUUUGGCAGCGGUGUGGCAGGCUUUCCCGGCUCUGGAGGCCUCUGCACACUCGUAUUGGCAUUCCUUGCUGGUCUCGGAUGGGGUGCAGAAAAGGCGCGUGUGGAGGAAGUGGUGGGCUGGGCGUGGGAUGUGUUUCAGCCCCUUCUCUUCGGCCUCAUUGGAGCAGAGAUACGAGUGUCAGAGUUGGAAGGACAAGUAGUUGGUCUGGGUAUAGCCUCUCUGCUCAUUGCCCUGCUGGUUCGACUCCUCUUCACCUACGUUUGCGUGCUGUUUGCCGGCUUUAACGUACGAGAGAAGGUGUUUAUUGCGCUAGCGUGGAUGCCCAAAGCCACAGUGCAGGCGGCUAUCGGCUCCACAGCUCUGGACACGGCCCGGACGAAGCAGGACCCGGAGCUGCAGAAGUACGGCAUGGACGUGCUGACCGUGGCUGUGCUUGCCAUCCUCCUCACAGCGCCUCUGGGAGCUCUUAUCAUAGGCCUGUGUGGACCUUGUCUGCUGCAAAAACCAAAGAACUCCGCUUGUGGUGAGCGAGUCAAACCGAAUAUAUCCGCCUUUUUCUUAGGCACUGCGGCCGGUGGCGAUGAGGACGACGAAACACCGGUGACCUAUGAAAGCACACUCUGACAUCAGCGGUCUGUGUGAGGCUGCCACCGCCAUUAUAUCGGAGGGGGUUUGUUUUUGCCAGCAAAACAAUAGUCUAGGGCUACGUUCACACUGCAGGGUAGCAUGUUCGCAAUUCGGAUUCUUUUCUCAAAUCCCAUCUUUUUAUGUAAUCGUUGGCAAUACAAAAAUAAAAUAAAAAGCGAGGUCUAAUGUGAACGCAAUCUGACCCGCAUGGAGCUAAACAAGAUUUCAAUUCUAGAACUCCUGGCAAUUUCAAUGAUUUUGUGCAAUCAAAGUCAACAUUUUAUGAACCAAAAUACGGUAAAUUCUGGACUAUAAGCCGCUAAUUUUUCUCUUACGCUUUAAACCCUGCGGCCUAUAAAUCGGUGCGGCUAAUUUAUGGAUUUUUUUUUGCUGAUGGCCAUAAUGUAAAUAGUUUUCAUAAAACACAUGCAAAGACACUGAAAAGGUGUCUUAUUGUUUGUGCUUUGGCACCAUUUUUGGGCGAGUUCUCUCACUGCAGGUGCUGCUGGGUGAAUGUCUACAGUGUUUUCUUCCGUUUAAUGCUUUGAACCGGGUGUAUAAGUGCCGUUCCCUCUUCCAAUCGUCCAUAGCAUUUCUGCUCGAAAGGAUUCUUCAUUAGUCACUCCAAGCAACGUUUGUACGUUUUACAAUAUAACUAAAACAUUUCUGACUUACUAACCCGUCCCAUGUGUGAUGUCUGUAGGAGGGUUUUCAUGCAUAUUUGUACGUGCUAUCGUAAUUUAAUGGAGCUAGCGUCGUUAGCAAUAGCUAAUAUGCUAACACAUGAACUAGUGUCUGUAUUAGUCUUAUUAACUUACAUGGCAUUGUUUUUGUAUUGUUUCAGUUUGACAAAUUCCUCCGUAAACUCACCAAAACGUCACCGUGGAGUUAUUGAGUCUGUUAAGCUGAUUGGAGAGCUAGCUUCCGCAGCUAGUGGGUCCAUGACCAUGACUUUGAUUGGCCGUUUUACUGCCGUGCUACAGGCACCAUUGGGAAACAAUUAAGGUAUGUAAAUAAACAUUUGCAAAAUAGUUUUGUGUAAUUAACUCCUUGCACAACGUAUAUAACUGCAGCCUAUACUUUGGUGCCCUCUAUAGUCCGGAAAAUACGGUAUUGCGCGUAGAAGAUUUAGACUUUCGCUUCGACGUCUACUCCAAAGAGCCUGUAGGCGAGCAGUAAUGGAACAUUGACGUGAGUUCCUAAAACAUUAUUUUGGCCUGUUUUCUGCUUAUUUGUUAACUAUUUAUUAUUACUGUCAGGUUCAAACACUGAUGACAUCUAUUAAACAAGACAAGAAGCAAGGAAUUAAACAGGGACAGAAUUAAAUUUGGCUCAAUUGAGGAGAAACGCGUACACCUGUACCCUUGCACAGUGUCACCACGCUCUGACGGAAGAUUGUACGCCUCCUCUUUUAUUUGGACUUUCCCUGAUUACAUGGCAACAGCUGUUUCUAAGGGAGGGGGAUCGUGAACAGCCAUUGCCUUUGAUUACAAACAGUUCAAAGAAAAGGUCCCUGGAGGGGAGUCAGGUUCUGCUUCCUCUGCGCUUUGUAGCUCUCGGGUCAAGACACAAUCUUUCUGUGGAUUACAAUACAUCAAAGAAACAGAACACCUUCAUGUUGCUUCCCAUCCUACACAGUGGAGUUUUACAAGCCUUCUUCUUGGUAGGAUCAAAGACAGCAUUUGUCUUCUCGCCGGCAACUCAUGGCAACACAAAGUUUUGUGAUAACUUAUACAAUUAUUCUGACAAUUACCCUCUUUUUUUAGCUUAUUGCUUUUUGAUGACAUUGAUUGGAUGAACUAGGGAUCGACCGAAUAACAGCGCUGAUAUUUGGCAUUUUGACGUAUAUCGAUAUUGUCCUUCUUUUAUAGAUAUCGAUCGAUAUAUAAUUUUUUUUUUUUACAACAGAAAUACAUUAGCAUAUACAAUAUAUAAUGAAGUUGAGAAUCUUUGGACACCUCACGAUUACGAUUAAUUUAUGUAUCUUGAUGCAGUUGUACAAUUUGUUUUGUUUCAUCAAAUAAGCCCUUAUCACUUGCAACUUAAAAAAACAAAAACAGUUCAUGAUUGUUUAUUAUAGAGCACACAAUUCCUAAACAAACUGAAUUUUGAAGUUGGAACAGUUUGAAUCAGAUGAAACAUGUGGGAGUUGUGGAACUUUGAGAAUGUCCCAUUUCCAAAACAUUUAGGAAUUUCGGGAAAAGUGUGCAUUUUUUGGAAAAUGGGUAACAAAUGUCAAUGGUCUGAAUGAGUUGAAAUGGUUGGUGUUGGAAUUUUUCUAAUCGGUCAAGAAAUGUUGAAGUAGUAACAUUUUUAAUUGAGAAAUGGUAUUAAGAAAAUCCUGGAAUUUCCGGAAAACCGGGAAUUUUUCCAGUUUGAAAAACAACUUCGUUUUUUGUCCUGAUUAAGAGGAAUGUUUUGAUGGUGGAACGGUUGAAGUGGGUUGAAAAAUGUGGACGCCAGAAAAAAAGGUAAAAAAAAAGGGUUUGAAAAAAACGUGAAUUCUGUGAAUUCCUGGAAUUUUUUGGAACUUGGAAAAACGAUAGUUUUAAUGUCCAUGAUGAGUGGAAUGUGUUGAAGGUGGAAUGGUUUGAAUCGGUUGAAAAGUGUGGAAAUGGUGGAAGUUUGAAAAAUGGCCAAUUAAUUUUGAAUGGGAAAAUGUCCCGGAAAACCUGGAAUUCUGGGAACUCUGGGAAUUUUUGGAAUUUGUCAAGGGAAAGCCUGCGAUUCCCGAAUAGGCUGAACAGUUUGAAGUUGGAACAAUCUGGAGAAGGAGAAGUUGAAUAAGUUGAAUAAAUAGAUUAAUUUUGGUGUAGAAAACUAUAUGUGAGAAUGUUUUGGAGCAUUCACACGAUAAAUAAUAAAGAAGCUGGUCGGAUCUCUCGGUGAGGUGGCGCUCUGCAGUCAGCCAUAUUUUAGAACUGUCUGCAUUACUUGAUGUACAAUCAAUAAGUCGAUUAUCAGUUGACAUUUACUAAUCGAUUUUUUAAUCGUUCAUGUCUAAAUUUCGAAGCAUCUAAAAAUCGAUUAUUUCCCCCACCUCUAAUAUUUACACACAUGAUAUUUAUAUAAUAAAAUUAUAUAAUUAUUAAUCAUUAAUCAUUAGUUUAUAGGUAAUUAAUCAUUAGUUCAUAGUUCAUUGAUCAUUAAUUCAUUAAUAAGUUAGUUAUAAGUUCAUUCAUCAUUAGUUAAUAGGUAAUUAUUCAUUAGGUAGUAAUCAUUAGUAGUUCAUUAAUCAUGAAUUCAUAAUUCAUUAAUAUGUUAGUUAUUAGUUCAUUAACAUAAGUUAAUAGGUAAUUAUUCAUUAGUUAAUAUGUAAUUAAUAAUUAGUUCAUAGUUCAUUGAUCAUUAAUUCAUAAUUCAUUAACAAGUUAGUUAUCAGUUCAUUAAUCAUUAGUUCAUAGGUAAAUAAUCAUUAGUUCGUAGUUCAUUGAUCAUUAAUUCAUAAUUCAUUAAUAAGUUAAUUAUCAGUUUAUUAAUCAUUAGUUCAUAGUUCAUUGAUUCAUAAUUCAUUAAUAAGUUAGUUAUAAGUUCAUUCAUCAUUAGUUAAUGUGUAAUUAUUCAUUAGUUCAUAGGUAGUAAUCAUUAGUUAGUAGUCCAUUAAGCAUUAAUUCAUAAUUCAUUAAUAAGUUAGUUAUUAGUUCAUUAACGAUUAGUUAAGAGGUAAUUAUUCAUUAGUUAAUACGUAAGUAAUCAUGAAUUCAUAAUUAAUAAAUUACGCAUCAGUUAAUUGAUCAUUUGUUAUUAGUUCAUUAAUCAUUAGUUAAUAGUUGAUUAGUUCCUAGAUAAUUAUUCAUUAGUUAUUGUUCAUUAAUCAUACAUAUAUUAGUAUUAUAUAAAUUAUAAUAUUAAUAAUAUACAGUAUUUAGUAUUAAAAAAUGGUGAUGAAUAUAGUGUAAAAGUUUUCUGCAAAGCUGUGCUGUGGUGCCCAGACAGCCAUAUUUACAAAUCAUAUUUCAUAUCAAUCAUACCAUUUAGAAAUACUUUAUGUAAAUUGUGUUACAAAUUGAGAACAGGAAGUGAACAUAUGUGCGAGCGAUUGCUAUGAAAUGUAACAUGGUCGGAAUAAAUAAGCUUUGCAUCUUCCUACUCCUUUUCGGACGUGUAAAGAGAAAUUAAAAUAUGUCAAAUAUGUGAUGUAUCAUUUUGAAAUGUCUACGUGUUCGAAAUAAACUUCAACCAACCAACAUUUCAGGGUUCCUCGCGAAAACUGCUUAAACGUUGUAUACAACUGAGUAGAUGACGACUAUUUGUGAUGUUGUAAAAUCCCAUAUUUGUAUCAUUUUGAAAUGCAAAUGUUGACGCUCCUCUUUGCUGCUGAAUUAAUCACAACAUCAGCGCCGCAUAAAACAUUAUGUCUCUACUGGUGCCACACUUCCUAAAAAAGAAUGUUAAAAAAAACAACUAAAAACCUUGUCCAGCUGUUUACUAAUGUAUACUAUUCAUGUUUGGCUACAUUUUACUGCGAAUUAGUGAUGAGCGGAUUGAUCCUGAAAUAUCGAUACCAGUUCCUUAUGAUUUCAUAUCGAUUCUAAAAUCCAAAUAUUGAUACUUUUGAUACUUGAGGUAUUUAAGAUAAUGUAUAUCAUUAUCAGGAUCACAGCGUAAAGCAGACCUGGGCAAAUUAAGGCCCGGGGGCCACAUGCAGCCCUUUAAACUUUUCAAUCUGGCCCGCCGGACAUUCCCAAAUAGUUUUUUUUAGAUGUUUAAGAUGUAAAGUGUAGCUGUCAUUAUGAUGUGCAGUGAUGUUUACUAAUGACCGUAAGUCUUCAACUAUACUAAGUCUUUCAAUGCUUGCAAUCUGCGCUUUUGCAUGAUAUACUAGUUACUAUGGUAAUCUAAUUAGUUACUAUGGUAAUCUAAUUAGUUACUAUGGUAAUCUAAGUCACAGCAGCUCAGACGAGGCACCAAGCAGUGUGGGUGGGGAGUGUUUCCAGAGAGUGGCCAGCCUGAAAUGCAGGUGUCAGGGACAGACCCGGAAGGAGAUUUUUACAACAAAGUUCUAAAGCUUAGUGAUUUAUCAGAUUGUAGGUGGUUUUUUUUACCCUUCGUGUUCAUAUUUAGCUGUUUGUUGCAUUUGUGUUGUUUGAUUGUAAAAUCUGUGGAUGGAGAGGGGGUGUGAUGUUCAUAUAUUGUCAAUAUUCAGUGUUUUAUCCUUAUUAGUUAAAAUUGUAAAUCCCACAUUCUUUAUUUUCAUGUAUAAUUCAGUAAAAAAAUAAAAAAUUCCAUUACAUUUUUUAAGGCAGUCUGUCAUAAUGUUUUUAGCAUUCAGUCAGACAUUAUUGUGAGGUUUUGUAUUAGUGUUCCUAAAAAUAGAUAUACCCCCAGACACUUUUUUCUGUAAAUUUGGCCCCGAGGCAAAAUAAUUGCCCAGGCCUGGCGUAAAGUAACUAAAAAAAAUGUGAUCUUUACUAAAUUAGUGUUUCUCAACCAAAAACAUCAGUGGUCCGUACAGUACGGGCUGCAGCGGUCCUCAGCUGUAAUACACUUUCCUACCACUUGUGGCAGUAACGACAAUCUCAAACAAACAGAAGAAGUCUCGAGCAAAAGUCAUGGAGAGGUUUGCACACAGUACCUGUAUCGGAUCGGUAUCGCCGAUACUGUCAGGUUCAAACACUGAUGACAUCUAUUAAAAGAGACAAGAAGCAAGGAAUUAAAUAGAGACAGAAUUCAAUUUGGGUCAGUGAGGAGAGACGCCUGGACACUGUACCAUUGUAACAGUGAUGGUACAGUGUCUCAGCACGCUCUGGCGAAAGAUUGUACAAAGAUUGUACCUCUUUUUAUUUGGACUUUUCCUGAUUACAUGGCAACACCUGUUUCUAAGGGAAAUGGGUCGUAAACAGCGUUUCCUUUGGUUACAGAACAGUUCAAAAGAAAAGGUCGUAAACAGUUCAAAGAAAAGGUCGUAAAACAGUUCAAAGAAGCGGUGCCUGGAGGGGAGCAUAGUCCUGCUUCCUCUUCACUUUUGUAGUUCUUGGGUCAAGACAAUAUCUUUCUGUUGAUUACAAUACAUGAAAGAAACAGAACACCUUCAUGUUGCUUUCCAUCCUACACAGUGGAGUUUUACAAGCCUUCUUCUUGGUAGGUUCAAAGACAGCUUUUGUCUUGUCACCGGGAACUCAUUUCAACACAAAGUAUUGUGAUAACCUAGAUACAAUUAUUCUAACAGAUACCAACCAAAAUUCUACUCGGUAUCGGAAAGAAAAUCAGUGGGCGCGCACAUAACUACCUCAAAUAUUGGCUCCAAGUAUCUGUUAUCGGCCUCCUUGACUACUGAAUUAUCUCUAGGAUAAUUGUGACCCGAUUGGCGUUAGAUACAUAUUCGAUUAUAUCCUGAUACGAAAAAUAUGGGAUUUGAAAAAUAUGGAUUUACACUGUUCACAUUGACAUGAAAAAAUCCGAUGGAGGUCAUAUGGGCAAAAAAAAAAGCUGAAUUGACCUGCAGUGUUAACAAGACUCUGUUUACUCUUUGGACCCCAAGUGUAGGGAACGUGAAAUGUAAUGUUUCUGUUUUUUUUGUAAAACUAACUGAAACCUCUUAAAGUACUCUGUAAAGUAGAAGUGUCCGAAGUCACUUAAGCAGACAUGUCGGUUGUUUUGCUUGAAAAACUGUAUAUUUAUCUUCUCAUCACCAACAUGGAUUUGGAUUUAGUGCGUUUAAUCCCCAGGAUACACUGUCCAGUAUGUGAGUUGUCCUCUCAGCCUGCUUUGUACUCUCCUGUGAAUGAUUGUGUAUUUAUAGCCAGCGGGUGACUUCCAGGCCUCCGACAACCAAAUCCAACCCACAUCCCAGCGUGUGAAUGGCACACAGACAAGUACCAAAGGUAGUUUCAAGUUUCAUAUUUGUUCAAUAGAGUUUACAUUUUAUAACAAAAGACUUAUUGCGGUACAUGUCUUGUAAUGAGGGAACAAAAGAUUGCUGGUUAGAAUUAUUAUUUAGCCCUAUUAUUAUAUUCAACACCUCAGGAAAAAGGAUGUCAUCCACAUGUUCCUUUUUGUUUUUAGAAAUUGCUGCUUAACUCGUCCCAAUGUUCUGUUUAUUGGCUCACUCAUAUGUUUUUGUUCGCCAUUUUUAUUGUUGUUUUUUUUCGUACAUUAUUUAUUACUUAAAGAUGCAGUGUAAUGUGAGAUAAUUGAUGUUCUUAAAUUAUCCAAUGCAAAGUAUCUGUGUGCAGUAUUAGAGAGUAUGGAAAAUAUAUAGGAGUUAGUUUUUUAUCAA